AUGAUUAAUUCAGUGGAAUCAGGAAGAAAGCUUAUUGGUUUUAAUUUCAAAGAUGUGAGUCCAACAGGAUACAAGCAAUGUUUGAAGUUGUGUAUCGGUCAUGGAGAUUGUCUCUCGGUCAAUUUCAGCAGAAAUCGACUGUUGUGUGAGCUGAACUCACAACAGGAGACGGAAACUGUCAAAGUCACGGAAAAUACCGAAGAGACGGAAGAUUUCAUCUUUAUCUCCAGAGCAUCUUUCCUAAACGAUAUCGCCCAACCCCAAGGAGAACUGAAGAAUUUGGCGUGCCCCAAAGGUCAAAUGCGUGUCUCACGUUCAGCUCAAGAGGGUACUUGCGUCAUAUCACAUUGUCUCUCGGUCAAUUUUAGCAGAAAUCGACUGUUGUGUGAGCUGAACUCACAACAGGAGACAGAAACUGUCCAAGUCACGGAAAAUACCAAAGAGACGGAAGAUUUCAUCUAUAUCUCCAGAACAUUUUUCCCAAACGAUUUAGCCCCACACCAAGGAGAACUCAUGAAUUCGGCGUGCCCCAAAGGACAAAUGCACGUCUCACGUUCAACAAAUGAGGCUACCUGUGUCAUAUCACGAUGUGUUGGGGAGGUACCUCCACCUUACAUCGAAUACAGUAUCGGUAUCAUAUAUCCAACUGUUUCCAUGGACACCGCAGACGAAACACACGGUAACGUUGGAGAGAGCAGGAACUUCACCUGCCCCCCAGGAACAGUUGCAGUGGGCAAAAAGAAUGUAACGUGCCUUGCAAACGGACAGUGGGAAACUCCGAGAUGCGAAGUAUGCAUUGAGUCAACCGAAUCCAAAGGAUUGAAUUACUUGGGAAGCAAAAACGUGACAUUUUCCGGUAAAACGUGUCAGCGCUGGGACUCACAGACACCGCAUAGCCACGACUACCCAAACAAUCCGGAAAACUACUGUAGAAAUGCUGACGAGGUUUAUUGGCCGUGGUGCCAUACAACAGACCCGAAACAUCUAUGGGAUUACUGUCUGAUUCCGACCUGUUGA